UAUAGUCUUAUGGCAAUAGUUGCGGCAGCAGUAAUAGAAAGAAAACGAGGCAGUCAGAGAAACAAAGAACUGGCCGCCUUGCGGACGCGGCGUCGAAGCGAAUGAGAACCCUGACUCUAAGGAAGGGUACGCGGAGAGGGUUGCUUUCCACAUUUGCGGUGGAAAGGGCGGUGUCGUAGGGUAGUUGCUCCAAAGAGGCAGAUAGGGAAGGAGCGUUACGCAAAACACAGCCGACGGAAGGAUGCUCUAAGGCCUAUAAUGCGUCACGACCAUCAAUUUUAGCCUAUCGUUAUAGUCACACAUACAGAUGUAUAUGUGAUAAAAGUAUGUGACAGAGGAGUCUGUGUGGAUCAAUAUCAUUGAAGGCGCCAAGACAGCCUGGGCAUUUCCAUUAAAAAGAGGUAGGAGCGAUCGUGCAACGUGUUAAGUGAAGUUUCGUUAUAAUAACCUCAGGAUAAAACGGAGAAAAGCAUCAAGACGAAAGGAUUAGCGAAAGACCAUCGUCCAAAAAGUGAUAAACAAAAAAUGGAAGACAAUGUUAGCUAGCUGUUAAUGAAACCGAUAGGGUCACCUUUUAGGGUCCAUCAACAGUCUAAGGAAAUACAAACGGUGAUGGAUGGCAUCCCUACGAAAUUCGUGUACUAUCAAUAGAAUCUCUAGAAUCAAUAGUAAGCUUGUGUCUGCGAGAGAAAGCAGGUGAGAUGGUGUGAUUCUUUACUUUACAUCACCAGCCUUGUGUCAAGCAGUUAAUAUUUGUAUCUGUAGGCUACUGAUUAACCUACACGCUAUAUUUCAAAAAGACGCGAGAGUGUAGACAGUCCUUUGAAAAUGGACAGGUAAAAAUACGUGUUUCUAUAAUAUGAAAUUUCACGUCUUGUAAGAAAUUCAAUAUAAGUUUUUCAAACAACGAUUUGGCAUCAAGAGAAACGCUAAACGUCAUUAAAGUUGCUUCGGAAAAAGGGUGUGAUUAUGAUGCGGUAGAAGUAUACGGUCGUUGCGUAUUUCCGCAAUGGAAGCAAUGUUGGAUAGAGUGAUUACCGCCACGGUGAGUUACUCCUGCUGCCGAAUGUCGUACGAGGAAGUUCACGCGGGAUAGUUGAUGGGCAACCCGCAGCCAACACACUGAGGGCGAACAGUUUUCGUGCGGAGUCCUGUUCUGCGGUGAGGGUGGAUCAGGACCCCGCUCGCUAACAACCGCGAUGCGGUGGAUUGCAUUCGUCCUCGUUCUUUGCACGACAGUGCUCGUUCAGGCCGGAGACCUGCCGGUCAUGAAAAUCGGCGCUCUGUUAGAUGAGGACGAACAAGUAGCUUCCGGAGCACUAAUGGAUACACUGGUAGCCCGAAUCAACGCUGACCAUAAAAUACUGCCCCGAUUUCGACUACAUGUUGUCCGCGUAAAGGUCACAAAUUCUUUUGCUGCGGCUAAAGCCACAUGCGCACUGAUUGAUGACGGUUGUGUCGCACUCAUUGGACCGACGCAACAUGAGUCGCACAGAAUGGCUCAAGAGAUUGCGGCACGUCUUCAGGUGCCUUUUUUUGCGCGCGGUCGGCCUGGGGCAUCGGUCGGCAUGACAGGGGCGUCUCCAGCAGGUGGAGACAACUCCGGACCAUCCUCUUCUUGUUCUACUUGCUUCGAUCUGCUACCGCCAUCACGAGCGCUCAGCCGGGCCUUCGCCGAUAUCCUCAAAGCUAAGAAAUGGAAAAACUACGCUCUGAUUUACGAGAAAAAUCAAGACCUUGUCGAGCUUGCGGAGCUUAUUAAAAAUAAAAAUAUUCUGCUUUAUCAAUACCAACGCGGAGAACGGGGCACGAAAAGACUCAUUCGCGAAAUCGGCAGUGACCCGCAAUACAACUACAUCGUUCAGUUGCCCGCCGAUCGCGCUAACGACUUCUUCCGUCUUGCGGGUAUUGUUGGUUUGUUAUCUGAAUACUUUAGCUACUUCGUCACUGCGCAGGACUUUCAUACGUGGCAACUACCAGCCGAAGCACUGAGCAAUAUCACAGCGCUCCAGCUCCUCCACCAGGAGUUUGUUUCACUACCGUCGGAUAGCAACGGAAAGCGUCAACGAGGCGGCCCUAAACAACAACAGUUUAUUCACCAACAUCAAGCAUCGCAACAACAGCAGUUCCAACAACAACAACAGGCCCAGCAGCAGCUUCAAACUCCCCCUGCCCCACUUAAGUAUCACACCGCGUUGCUGCACGACUAUAUCUUCGUGUUUGCGCGUGCAGUCGGAACACUUUCACGUACGCAAAAUAUGGCUCCCGUUUCCGACGCGAGUUGUCACAAGCCAAGGAACGGCUGGCCGAUGGGUCUGACAAUUGCUACGCAGAUCAAGGCAACAUCGAUGCAAGGACUAUUUGGAAAUAUUCAGUUCGAUACAUUUGGAGCGAGAUCGAAUUUCAGCGCCUUCGUGACGGAACACAAACAUGGCACGAUUGUUAAGGUGGGAACAUGGGCGCCCUCAUCGGGCUUUAGCAUGACAAGGAACGUAUCUUGGGACCGAGUCCACGCGGAGCAUUCGUUGCGGAACCGGCCUCUCCGCGUCGUGACGCUCCUCAGUCCUCCGUUUGUGAUGUGGCGCCAACAGCAGAAUUCAGCAAAAUCCGAACGAAACGGCGAUUUGGAGGGGUUCUGUAUCGACCUGCUGAAUGAACUUUCCCGAAUGCUUCAGCUCAAGUUUGAUAUUCGGCUUGUCAACGAUUCGCAACACGGUAGUCGAGAUCGCCAGGGUAACUGGAAUGGCCUCAUUAAGGACAUUCUCGAUAUGGAGGCUGACGUAGCGCUAGCUGACCUCACGGUGAACGUCGAAAGGGCGCGGGUCGUUUCCUUCACGACACCGUUUUUGCCCUCACAACUGGAGCUGCUUUACCGGCCGCCUUCAACAGCGGGCGAUCUCGUUUCUUUGGUCAAAGAGCUCUUUUCGCCACUAUCUCAGGAGGUUUGGCUAUCUGGUGUAGCGUGCGUGUUCAUGGCUACAUUUGCCAUGUCAUACGCAUCAAAGUUCAGUCCUCGGGAUAGGGUCCGCCGAAGCUCUUCGAAACAGGCAAACAUCCAGACCUGGACAAAACCAAGAUUUUCGUUUGGAGACAUCUUUCAUCUUGUUGCUUGCUGUGCUCUGAGGCAACCGCCAAUAAGCAAACGUCCACGUGGCGUAGCCACACGUUUCCUUACGUCCGUGCUUUGUUUUACAUCGUUCGUCUUUUGGUCGGUGUAUACAGCGAGACUAACAGCACAAUUCGUGCAGCGUAGGAUGCAUUUCGACGAAUUGCACGACGCUGGUGACCUUCUUAGAGUAAAAGGCAUUCGUUUUGGAUACGUGGCCAACACUUCUUCCCAGCUUUUUCUCCAGGGCGCCAAUUAUGAACCGUUCUCGACAAUCUGGUCGUUGAUUAUGGGUGCAGGAGACAUUUCGACACUGCCAUCACUUGAAGAAGGACUUCGUCUGGUGCAAGCCGGUGGUUAUGCCAUGUUUACAGAAACACCAGCAGCUGAAUACCAUCAGUGUUCUAUUAGCGAUUGUUCUGUGCUUCGUCUGGCCACAGGCAUCGAAACACCUGGAUAUGCUCUGGCUUUGCCAAGAGCGUCCCCCUACACGGAGUUAUUUUCGCAAAGCGUACAGAAACUGCGGGAGAAGGAGGUGAUCUCCCGGUUACAACGCAAGUGGUUUCUAACUCCGCACAGUUUAGUCGGAGCACCGCACCCAUUCUGUAGGUCAGAGAUUUACCGAUGGGGCCAACUAACCGCCCCUGGCUUCGCAACGGGGCCAUUUAUUCUUCUAGGAGCAGGUGCCCUCGUUGCUGCAUUACUUGCUCUUAUCGAGUGUUGUUGUAUCGCAAAUGCGCGAAGGAAACGAUCCCGCAAACAGUCGAGCAACAGUGUUGCAAACAAAAAGCCCAAAGGUCAGAUUACAUCGAUAACUCCCAUUAUGUGUUCUCCUGACUCUGCACAUCAGCAAACCUGUGAGCCGAAACCACUUCCUAGGGACGGCCCGGACGAUAACACCCAGAUUGUAGCUGCAGUAACCACAUUGUUGGCCGUGCCUUCGGCAACAGGUCCGAUACCCCCUAUGCCGCCGGCGCCUUCCGAGGAUAACAUCGAAAUGAUGCGGCAAUGUCGCACGUUAGACCUGCAUGCAUUACCUAAUAUUCUGCCACCGGCCACAAUGGACCUUUACAAUAAUAUCAACACUAUGCCUAUCAGCGCCACCACGGCUGAGUCGGUGAUUCUGACGGGCGGUGUUCCCGCAACAAGGUAGCAGAGGGAGGAGGGCAGCGUAGUUGUGGCUAACACACUGCCUUCUAGCCACAACCUAAGUUCACGCCCCCAGGAGCAUGUCAGAACGGUUAAACCGGUUCAGCAACAAACCACAUCGAUGCAACAACAGCCUCAGCCAAUAUGCGCCGCUACGGGCACCGACAAAUCUCGCCUACUACUGCUCAAGACAUUCAUGUAAAAAGAGACGACAUGUCGUAAUGAGUUAUUUAAUCAAAAAAAAACAAAAAUAGAAAAACGAAAACAACAGGCCUUCAAGUAGCUUAUUGCCGAUUGGGAAAUUCGCUAAUCUCAUGAGGUAUAUAUAUAUAUAUAUAUACACAUCUUGCACACAAGGUUUCUUUUCACUUCAAUUUGUUGUACACCUGUCGCCUAGAGUAAAAAAGUAACUUUUGGGAGUCGUCUAAAUGUGCAGACGUUUACCGGCAGCCUCCUUAUGAACUCACGUGACAAUGUUUAGUAAAUGUGAAUUGCUUGAACCCAAACAUUUAAACAUUGUGUGCUCAUCUACUUGAGGGGCGUUCAUACUCCAGACAUACGUGUGUUAUCUAUUCAUUCAUCAUUCAUACUCACCCUUCACAGCGUCAUUAUUCACCAUUCAGUGUAACGUUCCCGUGCCAAUAUGAAUGGUCCUAUUUGACCCUAAAUAUGCGGUAGGUAAUCAGAAACAUAUAAAACCUUCGUCAUUUUCCCGUAUAAUUCUUCAUGCAACUAAGGCAGUGCGCAGUCAAACAUCAUAAAAAAUCCAGUUAAAUGUACGUACCCUGCGG